CUUCACUUUAGUAGACAGCGUCACAGCGCCUUAUAAUCAACUCCGCCACAGCCGGCACACCCAUCUUUAGUAGCCCCAUCUUUUCUCGCCGCCGUUAGUCGGGGACAUCGUCGUCACUGAACUGCGGCUCGCAGGAGAGCUCAACCUCACCAGUGAGCACGUUAAAGUUGAACCCAUGCCAGCCCUUGUCGCCACUUCCCCCGCCGGAGCGGCGGCGGAGGACGUCUUGUUGGAUGGUACAAAAGCUAUCAGUAAACUAAAAUCUUCCGACCCGCCAUUAUACCUUUCCCCUUCCGAAGAACUGUCUAAAGCCGCUCGAUUAGCAUCAGCUUAUUUAUUUUCUUCUCUUAAACCCUACACUCCGAAAUCCCCUUUCAGUGAGUUAUUAAUUGAUGGGUUUGAUGCUGAGCAGAUAUGGCAGCAAAUUGACCUUCAGUCACAGCCGUUGAUUUCUUCUAUACGUCGAAAAGUGAGGAACUUUGAGAAUAAUCCUGAAUCCAUCAGGGCGUUGUUUAAUUUAGGUGAGAAUGCAGGUGGAUGCAGCGACGAAAAACACAGCAACCUUGAAAAGAAAGGAAGGGGUUUUGCGGUAGAAGAAGGAAGUGAGAAUGAUAAUUUUGUUGAUGAUGAGGAAAUGAUGGGGUCUGAAGAUUCCGAGGAAGAAGAUGAAGACGAGGAUGGGGACGGGGACGAGGACGAGGACGAGGGUGACAGAAUGGCAGAAGAUGGGGAAGGAGUAGAGGACAAGUUUUUCAAGAUAAAGGAGUUGGAAGAGUUUGUGAACAAGGAUGAGGCAAGGGAGUAUGGUUUGAAGAGCAACAAGGAAGAGAAUGGUGGUAAGAUAAGAAAGGAUGACAGUGGGACUGAGGAGGAUAAGGACGAUGAUGAAGACGAUGAGGAUGAUGAUGAGUUGGGGAUCAAUGAUGUAGGAGAAGAUGAUGGGAGUGAAGAUGAGUUAGGGAAUGCCAGGUAUGAUGAUUUCUUUGGCACUAAGAGAAAAACUGGUCCGAAGAGGAAGUUAAAGCCUCUUGAAGGAUCAGAUGACUCGGAUAUGGAUGAUGAACCAUCAAGUAAUGGAAGUGAGAAGAAAGGUAGGCUUUCUACUCAUGAGAAAGGGCUUGAAAGACUCCGUUCUACGAUAGAAGAGAUGGAGAAAGCAAACUUGGAACCUAAGACUUGGACUAUGCAAGGGGAGGUAACUGCUUUUAAAAGGCCAAAAAAUAGCGCAUUAGAAGUUGAUCUUGAUUUCGAGCACAAUGUACGACCUGCUCCAGUUAUCACAGAGCAGGUUACUGCAUCCCUGGAAGAAAUAAUUCAGAAGAGGAUUCUUGAGGGGCAUUUUGAUGAUGUUCAGAAACCCCCAACUUUACCCUCCAGAGCACCUAAACAAGUGCAAGAAUUGGAUGAAAAUAAAAGCAAGAAAAACCUUACUGAAAUUUACGAGGAGGAAUAUGUACAAAAGACUGGCCUUGUUUCAACGGUCCUGUCUCUUUCAGAUCAGCAAAAGAAAGAAGCAGCCAAUUUGUUUAAAGAAUUGUGCUUAAAGUUGGAUGCAUUAUCACAUUUCCAUUUUGCUCCAAAACCGGUAAUUGAAGACAUGUCUAUACAAGCCAAUGUACCUGCCCUGGCUAUGGAAGAGAUUGCACCAUUGGCAGUGUCUGAUGCUGCCAUGCUGGCUCCUGAAGAAGUUUUUGCUGGAAAAGGAGAUGUCAAAGAAGAAAAAGAGCUAACAAAGGCUGAAAGGAAGAGGAGAAGAGCAAAGAAAAAAAGGAAGUUCAAAGCUAUUGCAGCCAAAAGGAGCAGCCUAAUUAAGGUGGCCCAAAGAGAACAAACAAUCAGAGUUGGCGGCGGUGAGUAUAGAAACUUAAAUCCACCAUUUAGCUCUGGAAAAAAAGUCUUGUACGCAAUGCCAAUCUUUUCCUUAUUAGUUGUUGCAGGCAAUGAAGAUUCGUAAUGACACGGAACGAAUUGGCUCUGAAUCUGUCAUCCAAGUUCAGUUCAAGGUUGGAUGAUCGUCUCAUUUCCAGUAAACUUGCAGCAGUAGCGAGGAAGAAACAUCUGUAAAGUUGGUGAUUUUUUUGAGGAAGUUAGAUGGAAGUGACAAAACUUGUGCCAAAAUAUUUUAUGUGCAAUCAAUGAUCCAUAUUUUUGGGCAAUCGACGAUAAGAUAUACUGUAAUUUUCUUUUUAAUAUACUGUCCAUAUUGUCACAUGAGAAUUCUUAAAACUUUGCUCAUAUGUUAUAGUUGUACCUUUCAUCGUGAAGAAGUUUAUCCCGAAGUUGGAUGACAUGCAAAAUUUGAUCACUUAAUCGAUGCCUGGUGCUUACUCAAUUUCUUUUAUUUAUUGUUUUUUUGGGUAUAGAUUCCUAAACCCAUGCAGUGGAAUAUCGAGUUAUACCAUAUAUAGGUAGGUAGGUUGUUUGGAAAAGACAUUUUCAGAUAGCUUUCUUUGAUAGCACCAAUAUUAUAUGCCUGCUUGCCUGCCUGCCUGCCUGCCUGAGGAAAAUUGUUAAAACAUUAUGUCAAAGUUUACGUUACUUGUUUUAACUAGUGUUACACUGAUUGAUUGUCACACAAAAGUAACAGAGAAGACCCGAAGCCAUUGUUUUAACAAGAGUGGUGCUAAAUUGUCAAGCUGAACUUUUGAGAUUCCAAGAGGCGGUAUACUUCAUAUUCUCUAUUGAGGCAGCAUGAUUCACCUCCACCUUUGGGGGGAAACCAGAGACAAUAAGAGGAUUUUGGAGUGGUCGUCUCUAUUGAGGCAGCUUGAUUCACCCUUCUUCUAAGUCACCUUCCUAAAUUCUCAUUAACGUUCAAUCCGACCAUCAUCCUCCUUGUCUUCCAAAUCAAGAAUUGAUAAUCGGAAGUGCAAAUCUACUUACACAGAGAAGAAAAAAAGUAGAGUUGACAAAUCAUAAAAUUAAAGGGUUGUACGUAGCGGCAACACCAAAUGAAAAAAAACAGUAAACACACCCACC